GUUUUCUGCUACCUCCAACUUCCUGGCUUUAGAUGGGUGGAAAACUCCCCUCCGUCGAUGGAGCUGGGCUGCAGAAGGCUUGUGGCAGCGAGAGGCUGCCUCAGUCCCCCAUUCCCAACGCGCUGAUUUUGCGAAGCUGAACAGCAAAGUCGAGUUCUACGUUCUGUGGUCUCUACGCGAGCCGCCCCGGCAGCUGAGUAGCAAAUGUCGUCGGAAAUGCUACCAGACUCGCUUGCCACUUCCAUUGCCAAAACAGUUUGUGAUCUUCGGGUUGGGUGACUGGAGCCAUUAUUCUCAGAAAACUAGCGUCACUGUGGAUGUAUUAAUAAAUCCAGACAUUAAGCCACAAAGAAUUGGCAAGCUAGGAUCUGAAGCAAGAUGUUUGGUUUGGGAAGGUGACUGGAGGGUGGACAUUCUCAUGGCUUCAUUUAAGCAGGCAGAGAACGGUAAUCCUCUUAAACUUCUCUUGACUGUCAAGGAAGAGGAACCAGAAGCUAAUCAGCCAUCUGUUCUUCCUGAAAGCACUCUCCAAAGAUCCGAGGAACACUCUGUGGGGCAGGAUAGAAAUCAGAGUUCAGCAAUGUGCCGUAAGGAAUCUAUGCCUGAAAAGAACUUCUCUCCACCAAUGGAAAAGCUGCUGAUGCUUCCUGCUCCAGAGAUAACUACUACACAGUUACAGGUUAGGAAGAGAACUUGUCUACCUAACCCUAUUCAAUUAAAUAAAACCAGAAGGACUCUCUUUGAAGUCUCGGCAACCCACAGGCAAGAAGAAUCAGAAGAUUUGGAGGUUAAAGAGUUGCAAGCAUGUCCAAGUCCUCGAUGGUGUCAUGCUAUGUGCCUGUGUGACACAGAUACAGCAGUUUUGAUUGGUGGUGAAGGAACUAAUCAACAAUUUUGCAAAGAUGUUCUCUGGAAACUGGAGAUUGAUAAUGACUUUUGGUUCCCUAUGGAUUUCCCAGCACAAAAUUCCAUACCACAAUGUUCCCGAGGUCACAGUGCCACUUAUGACCCAGAUACCAAGCGCAUAUACGUAUUUGGGGGCAUAAAAGAGGGGAGAUGCUACAACAGCAUCUAUGUUUUGGAUACAACAUCUUGGAAAUGGCUUCAUGUUUCUGCUAAAGGGAAAGUGCCUACUCUGGCCUUCCACAGCGCCACUGUUUAUCGCAAGGAGUUAUUUGUCUUUGGAGGAGCUUUCCCUAAAAUGUCAUCCUUGGAGAUGGGUGCCUGUAGUAAUGCACUUUUCAUUUUCAACCCCGACUAUGAGAUUUGGUACCAACCCAUUGUGGAGGGGGAGAAGCCUCUGCCAAGGCUUGGUCAUUCAGCUACUUUGUUGAAGAACAAAUUAGUCAUAUUUGGAGGGCAGAGGACUUCUACAUACCUGAAUGACACACACAUCCUUGAUCUGGGUUUCAUGGAGUAUAAACCAGUUCCAUCUGUCUCUGGACAACCUUCUGCUCGCAGUUUCCAUGCUGCUACCCAAAUCUCUAAUCAGAAAAUGUUGAUAAGCGGAGGCUGGAAAGCCAGAGCAGCUUUUCAGGAUGCAUUCAUCUUCCAUCUGGAUACCUUGACUUGGAGUGCAUUUGAGCAUAGUGAUCUUUGUGCUGUGCCCCGGGCAGGCCACACGCUGCUCAAUUUAACUUAUGCUCACCUGACAAACACAGAUAAGCAGAAUCAGGGCAAACACAACCUGUGCACAGUGCUUGUCUUCGGAGGCUCAGACCACUCUGGCAAGUUCUAUAACAGUACAGACAAAUUCCAGCUCGAUCUUCAGAACUAAAUAAAUGUUGGCUAGGAGCCCACCUGAACUGCUGUGACUCCAUAACAAGAUCAGGACGCAGAACAGCAGAAACAAUUGGACAUCAGAAUAAUAAAAGUGAAUGAGUAACCACAU